AUGGUCUUCAAUUCAGAUCCAGGUGAAGGUACCUCAGAUGGUAGAGUUAAACGUAAGCGAAAACAAAAGCCAAGCGGCUCAAAAAUCAAAACCAAAAUUGAAAACGAUGUCAAAGCUGAGCCAAGAGAUGACGCAUAUUUGGUUCAGUGCUCGCCACCACCAUCGCCAAUCGAAGCAAGUGGCACAAUUAAAUCAGAGAGCGGAAGUGAUGACGAGCUGGAUUUGAAAAGCGAACCUGAUUAUGUGGAAACAGAAAUUAAGACCGAGAAAGACGAAUGUUCGAAGAAGAAAUAUGAUGCACCACAAGAUGGGAAUUCAAAUAACAAUGCAAGUGAUGACCACGAUGGUACGAAUGGAGCCAAUCCAAAUGUAAAUGUGAAUGGUAAUGAAGAACAGCAUCAAAGUAAGCCAAAAGCAACAAAGAAAAGAGGAACGAAGAAAAAUGACAGUGGAAAUGUCCAAAUUGAUCCAGCCGAAGCCAAAUAUGGAAAGAAACACAAAUGCAAUUUGUGCAGUUAUGCUGCAUCGUACAAAUAUAUACUCAUGAGGCAUAUGCGAAUUCACACAGGCGAAAAGCCUUUUGAAUGCGAAAUAUGUGCAAAGGCUUUUACACUCAAGCAUCAUUUGAAUAGACACAAGAAAGUCCAUGCCAUCGAAUUUCCAUUCCAUUGUCUAAAGUGUCGCCGAGGAUUCAACCAAGAAGUUGAAAAGAUCGAACACGAAAAUCAAUGCCAACAACGUCAAUACGAAUGCAUUGUAUGCAAAUACACCACUGAUUUGAUGUCAGGUCUCAAGCGACACAUGGCAAUCCACAAUGAUGAGAGGCCAUUCGAAUGCCCAGUUUGUUCAAAAACAUUUAAAUUAAAAAUUAUAGUUAAUCAUCAUUUGCACACUCACACCAAAGAAUUGCCCUUUUCCUGCUCAAAAUGUGGACUUCGAUUUACUAUCGAAAUCGAUAAACAAUCGCAUGAGGACUGUUUAUGCAAACAUGCACACAAAGCACCACAUUGA